UAGGCCGGCUUAUCUCUACAUGCUCAUGGGCCAUUCAGAAUGGGACCACAAGAGAGGGUCACGAGGAUCCCAGUCAGGAACCAGCGUCACCGUGGAUAUUGCCGUGAUGGGCGAGGCGCAUGGCCUCAUUACCGACCUCCUGGCCGACCCUUCUUUGCCUCCGAAUGUGUGCACGUCCUUGAGGGCCGUGAGCAACCUGCUCAGUACCCAGCUCACCUUCCAGGCAAUCCACAAGCCCAGAGUGAACCCCACUGUGACCUUCAGUGAGAACUAUACCUGCUCCGACUCUGAGGAAGGCUUGGAGAAAGACAAGCUGGCCAUUCCCAAGCGCCUGAGAAGAAGUUUGCCUCCAGGCUUGCUGAGGAGAGUUUCAUCAACUUGGACAACUACCACCUCUGCCACAGGACUGCCUACCUUGGAGCCUGCGCCAGUGCGGAGGGACCGCAGCGCCAGCAUAAAGCCACAUGAAGCCCCUUCACCCAGUGCUGUCAACCCUGACUCUUGGAAUGCCCCAGUGUUGAUGACUCUAACCAAAAGCAGGUCCUUCACUUCGUCCUAUGCUGUCUCUGCAGCUAACCACGUCAAAGCUAAAAAGCAAAACAGGCCAGGUGGCCUUGAUAAGAUUUCGCCCGUUCCCUCGCCCUCCUCCUCACCUCCUCAAGGAUCACCCACCAGCAGUCCUGUCAGUGGCAUUGCUUCCGUACAGUUCCCGGAAUCCCCUGAAGUCACCACCAAACGAGGCCCUGGAUCUCACAGGGCCUUAACUUACACCCAGAGUGCCCCUGACCUGUCCCCCCAGAUCCCGCCCUCACCUGUCAUAUGUAGCAGCUGUGGCAGACCUUACUCACAAGGGAAUCCUGCUGAUGGACCUUCAGAGAGAAGUGGCCCAGCCAUGCAGAAACCAAACAGAACAGAUGAUACUUCUCAAGUUACCUCUGAUUAUGAGACCAACAACAACAGUGACAGCAGCGACAUCCUGCAGAAUGAUGAGGAAGCCGAGUGCCAGAGAGAGCCACUGAGGAAAGCAUCGGCUUGUGGCACCUAUACUCCCCAGACCAUGAUCUUCCUGGACAAACCAAUUCUUGCUCCAGAACCCCUGGUCAUGGAUAACCUGGAUUCAAUUAUGGAUCAGUUGAACACCUGGAAUUUUCCAAUUUUUGAUUUAGUGGAAAACAUAGGAAGAAAAUGUGGCCGUAUUCUGAGCCAGGUGUCAUACAGACUCUUUGAAGACAUGGGGCUCUUUGAAGCCUUUAAAAUCCCGGUUAGGGAGUUUAUGAAUUACUUUCAUGCUUUGGAGAUCGGCUACAGGGACAUUCCUUAUCAUAACAGAAUCCACGCCACUGAUGUUUUGCACGCCGUGUGGUAUCUCACAACACAGCCGAUUCCUGGCCUCCCGAGUGUGAUUGGUGAUCACGGCUCGGCAAGUGACUCUGAUUCUGACAGUGGGUUUACACACGGACACAUGGGAUAUGUGUUUUCCAAAGCGUAUCAUGUGCCAGAUGACAAAUAUGGAUGCCUGUCUGGAAAUAUUCCAGCCCUGGAGUUGAUGGCCCUGUAUGUUGCUGCAGCCAUGCAUGACUACGAUCACCCAGGAAGGACAAAUGCUUUCCUGGUUGCCACUAGCGCCCCUCAGGCCGUGCUGUACAAUGACCGUUCCGUUCUGGAGAACCAUCACGCAGCUGCAGCCUGGAAUCUCUUCAUGUCCCGGCCGGAGUAUAACUUCUUAGUUAACCUGGACCAUGUGGAAUUUAAGCACUUCCGAUUCCUAGUCAUUGAAGCAAUUCUGGCUACUGACCUGAAGAAACACUUUGACUUUGUAGCCAAGUUUAAUGCCAAGGUGAAUGAUGAUGUUGGGAUAGAUUGGACCAAUGAAAACGACCGUCUCCUGGUGUGUCAGAUGUGUAUAAAGUUGGCUGACAUCAACGGGCCUGCUAAAUGUAAGGACCUCCACCUGCGGUGGACGGAGGGCAUCGCCAGCGAGUUUUAUGAGCAGGGCGAUGAAGAAGCCAGCCUUGGUUUGCCCAUAAGCCCAUUUAUGGACCGCUCUGCCCCGCAGCUGGCCAAUCUUCAGGAGUCCUUUAUCUCACACAUCGUGGGUCCUCUUUGCCACUCCUACGACUCUGCGGGUCUCAUGCCGGGAAAAUGGGUAGAUGACAGUGAUGAUUCAGGAGACACUGAUGACCCGGAAGAAGAGGAGGAAGAGGCUGAAACACCACACGAGGAAGAAACCUGUGAAAACAGUGAAGCUCCCAGAAAGAAAAGUUUCAAAAGAAGGAGAAUCUACUGUCAAAUAACUCAGCACCUUCUGCAGAACCACAUGAUGUGGAAGAAAGUGAUUGAAGAGGAGCAGUGUUUAUCAGGCACAGAGAACCAGGCCCCAGACCAGGCACCGCUGCAGCAUUCCUCAGAACAAAUCCAGGCUAUCAAGGAGGAGGAGGAAGAGAAGGGGAAGCCAAGAGCAGAGGAAACCCUCGCUCCACAACCAGACCUGUGACCAUGGGUAGAACGAGCUGUGUUUGCAUACAGAAUGACUGUCUCAGACACUUUCUAAGCCAGCACAAUACUUAGACACAACACUGUAGACUACCAGAAGAUGGGCUAAAAUGGCUAAAGUGUUUGGGGGGAUUCUUUACAUUUUGCGCGUUUAUUUUUACAGCGAAGGACAGCGCUGAAGACUCUGGCUCAAAGAAGCUUUUUCACUUUGCGACACCAGCGUCUAGACAUCAUUUUAUAAGAAAGAAAUUACAUGUGUGUGUAUAAAUUCCCACAUAGGCUCAUGUAAGACUCGUAUUCACGCAUACACACCUGCACACUGAGAGAUAUAUAGAGGUCACUGUGACAUAAGAAAUCGUAAAGGACAAGAACUCACGAGGAAAUGUGCAGCUUAGAGAGGAAACAGAUGUAGGCUCCAGACUGGGCACCUUUUGUUCUCCCUGCUGAGGGGUGAACAUUCCAGAGCAUUGUUGGAAUUCUAAUGCAUACUACCAACUCUGUGUGUGUGUGUGUGUGUGUGUGUGUGUGUGUGUGUGUGUAAGAGAGAGAGAGAGAGAGAGAGAGAGAGAGAGAGAGAGAGAGAGAUCUUGUACAUGUGUAUGCAUGAGGAAAGGGAAAUGUUUGUGACUUUAGUUGUUCAUAGAAUAGCAGUAGCAGAUGAUGAAGUACAUGUGAACACACAGAAGGAAAUCUUUUCUUCAGUGUCUUUGAAUGAAUGGCAGCCCUCCUCUUAGCUUCUAAGAAGGUUCCUUAGCAGAGGGAGGGCUUGUGUGGACCACAUGAUUGGUACCACUGCUACCUGCCACGUGGGAGCGCUCUACCACCAGCCUCACACUCAGAAGACUAAGGCUUUCUGGUCUACCCUCACUUGAUGAAUGUAUAAGGGGCGUGUGUGAGUACACAUGUCACUCACUUAGGAUCAAUCACCAUGGAAGGGGAUGUUGUUCUUUAUUGGUGGAUACCCAAGAGGAGCUGGAAUCAGCUCUUCAUCAGGUCAGAGUUCUAAGAGGGCACUGGGGAAGUCCUGGGAAAGUACCUGCAGCAAUGAUAGCCCAUGUCUUCUCAAUUGAAUGCAAGAUAAGUUGUAAUAAAGAGGAAAGUCAAAAUGAUGAAGGCAAAAUGUCAACUUAAAGUUUGGAAGUUGGCCUGGGAUAAGCUGCCCCUUGGCAAAUGUUGAAGAUUGUUUGCUCUGACAUCCCUGUUUGGUCUUCCAUAUACUGUGUGAAGGCAUCGCAUGGCUUUGUAGCCUGGUCCAUGGCUUUUUGAAAGGAAGAUGGGUGGGUGGGGGGUUAUUCUUUGAGGAUAGACUAUUGGAAGCUAUUUGUGUUAUUUUGUUUUGUUUUCUACACUUGUUUAUGCUGUGAGCCAAACCUCUAUUUAAAUAGUUGAUACUCACUUUCAAUAUUUUAUUGGAUAUUAUUACAUAUGUCAUGACUAGUUACCAUGAUGUAAAUAUAAAGAAUUUUUUUUGUUUCUGUAGAUAGCAAACUUUUUUUAAAGAAAAAAAAAGGGGGAAGGGAAACAUUUUAUAGUUAUAUUUUAAUCACCAUUUUAUACAUUGUAGCUAUCUCCAAGCCCAGUAGUUGGGUGAUGAUUUAUUGUGGGGUUUGAGAGCCUCCAGACAUCUGCCUACUCUAGUUUGAUUUAUGAUCUGAUACAGUUAUUUACUGUUAAAUUAAGGAAUUGGAAAGAUGCAUCUUUUGCUAACUGAAUUAAUUUGAAGUCUUUCCCUGCCUGAUGAAAGCCCUUCUUAAACAAAUUGUUAGCCUUUCUCUUAAACUCUAUUGCUUGUAGUUCAUGGUUCAGUUCUGUGUUCACAGAAUUCUAAUCAUAGACUCAGAGACCUGUGCAUAGAUUUCUACCUUUUUACAUCUUGGAUUAUUUACAUUAAAACUCCUUUUGUCUCCCAUACAUGGGUCACAUAACCUUCCCUUCAAAAUCAACAUUUAUGGUAAUUCACAGCAUUUUUCCCUUAUAUAAAAAUGAAAUAAAAAAUCAAAUAUUUCAAGGCAGAUCUUUUAGUUCAUAGGACAAUGCAAAGAGGAUGGGAAGGAUUCAGGCCUCACCCAAACAAUUAAAACAUGUCUUGUAUAUUCCUGAGUUAAUACCAGGGCUUCAGCAUUUAGCAGAUCCUGAAUAAUUUUUCUUUCUUCAUGGUGCCCAUGUGUAUCUGUUUAUAAAUCUACUCUGAAGCAAGAACCCUUCUUCAGUGAAGGUAAAUAAAUGUAACCCUUGCCCUGCAAUAAAAAUGAUAGAUAAAACA